CGUCGCGCCUCCCAGUCGCUUCGCCUGCAACGUUCACGGAUCUUAGCUGUGGUGGCGGCCGUCGCUCUCCCGCGCUCUCCGUGGAGCCCUGCGUCCUCCUGACCAGUCUAUGGUGUUUCCUGGAGCCCCCGGCCCCGUCAUGUCGCGCUCGGAAGAGGUGCAUCGGGUCACCGAGAAUGUCUACAAGACAAUCAUGGAACAAUUUAAUCCUAGCCUCCGGAACUUCAUAUCCAUGGGAAAGAACUACGAAAAGGCCUUGGCAGGUGUGACAUAUGCUGCAAAAGGAUAUUUUGAUGCCCUGGUUAAAAUGGGAGAAUUGGCCAGUGAAAGUCAAGGAUCAAAAGAAUUAGGGGAUGUCCUGUUCCAGAUGGCUGAAGUCCAUAGACAGAUUCAAAAUCAGUUAGAAGAGAUGCUGAAGUCCUUCCACAAUGAACUACUAACACAGCUUGAGCAGAAAGUAGAGCUAGAUUCACGGUAUUUAAGUGCUGCACUAAAGAAGUACCAGACCGAGCAAAGGAAUAAAGGGGACGGAGUAGAGAAAUGCCAGGGUGAAUUAAAGAAGCUUCGGAAGAAGAGCCAAGGAAGCAAAAAUCCUCAGAAGUAUUCAGAUAAGGAGCUGCAGUUUAUUGAAGCAAUGACCAAUAAACAAAGUGAACUGGAGAACUAUGUAUCUGAUGGUUUCAAGAUGGCACUCACAGAAGAGAGGCGGCGAUUUUGUUUCCUGGUGGAGAAGCAGUGUGCAGUGGCCAAAAAUGCUCUUACGUAUCACUCCAAGCGAAUGUCUGCACAAGAGACCAUUCCAGUAAUGAACGGUGUCUCAGGCUCAGAAGGUGAAGAUUACAGUCAUUGGUCUGACCGAAAGCCGCCUCAGCCGAAGUCCUUAUCCCCACCACAAACUCAGAAGCAAUUGAGUGAUUCUUACUCCAAUACUCUCCCUGUGCGUAAAAGCGUAAUGCCGAAAAACAGCUAUGCAGCCACUGAAAACAAGACACUUCCCCGUUCCAGUUCCAUGGCAGCAGGAUUAGAAAAAAAUGGCCGAACAAGAGUGAGAGCCAUUUUCUCUCAUGCUGCUGGUGACAACAGCACCCUUCUGAGCUUCAAGGAGGGGGACCUUAUUACGUUGCUAGUGCCUGAGGCCCGAGAUGGCUGGCAUUAUGGAGAGAGUGAAAAGACCAAAUU